AGAAUGGCGAUCGCGAUUGUCGCAAAUCGCAACUGAUGAGUGACCUCGGCGGUGUUUUGUUGCUGCUUCGACGAUUUACAACAAUUAUGCAUUUUCAGACAAUAUAAAAUCACGCCAUGAACUUCCCGCCGUUCGGGGGCCACUUCUCCACCGCCAUACCCACGAUCCACCAAUUCGCCGCCAAAUUCUCUCAGGAAACCGCCACCGGCACCCUCUGCCAAACUCAGGACAACAGCAAUAGAUACACCGCAAAUGGAGUACCCUCGUUCACCCAGCACCACCCCGCGACGCACCAGCAGAUGCUCAACAGCAUCAACACCAAGUACCAGGGCGGCUACACGAACCAGACCGUCUACGGCCAGCAGGGCAACAUCCGGCAGGAGAAACGGCAGAGCUACGAGCCCCAGGAGCUGGCCCAGGAGCUGUGCGCCGUCAUGCUGCAGCAAAGCCAGCAGCAGCAGCAGCAGGAGAAGCCUGGUAGCGAUAAGAACCAACAACAAAAUCACCAUCACCCCCAAAUUCACUCCACUCAACCCCAGAACAUCGCCCAAAGCCAAACGUUGAACACCUCCUCGACGAUGCCCGCAACGUGGCAAUCCCUGGCGACGCCGGGUUCUGCGGUGGCCGAUUACCUGUCUCACCUUCCCGCUUCUACGCUACCCUUAAGCCUCCAUCAUUUCUUAAAGUACUCGGCGGAAAACAUUAAGAAAGAAACCAACCAGCAGCUGAACAUACAGAAUUCCGCCGAACCCAACAUGAACCUUCUGCACAACAACUCCAUCAACAUAAACAGCUUGAAUACGAACGGACUGAACGGCAACGUUAUAAGCGGGAAUACGAACUUGGCGACGGGUUCGAUGAACAGUCUUAGCUCUUUGACGACGAUCAACGCCACGCAAAUACAGAACCCCACGCCUCCCAAGAAAAAGAAGAAGAAGAAACCCGAGAAGGAGAAAAAACCUAGACCUAAACCAGGUGAAAUUCGUCUGACCACGGCAUUAGACGGCUCGACGCUUUACUGCUGCCCGGAGUGCCACAUGGCGUACCCCGAGAAAGAACUGCUCGAACAACACCUGGUGGGCCACACCUUAGAACGUCGCUUCGUUUGCGACAUAUGCGGGGCCGGCCUAAAAAGGAAGGACCACCUGACCAGGCACAAACAGUCCCACAAUCCGGAGAGGCCCUACGUGUGUACCGUUUGUUUGAAGGCCUUCAAGCGCAAGGAACAGUUGACGUUGCACUUCGUCAUACACUCGGGGGAGAAGAGACAUGUCUGUACCGAGUGCGGCAAGGGGUUCUACAGGAAAGAUCACCUCAGGAAGCACACCAGGUCUCACAUCGCGCGGAGGGUGAAAGCGGAACUUUCCCAGCAAGGAAACCCAUCGCAAGCGCUUCAGAUUCAAGUGGCCGCUCCCACUUCCACUGGUACUGGCGCCACAUCAGGAAUCUUGUCUUAAUUAUUGUACGCCUUUUGGUUUUUCAUUUCGUUUAAGGGAAUUCUAGUACUCAUUGGUAGGGCGGAAAUCGGCAUGGUACUUUUUGGCUGUGAUAAUUUUUUACUUUCAAGUAUUCUAGGCUAGUCGCAGUAGAUCUGAUCUACUUUAAAAUUAACGUAAGAAGGAUAUGAAGUGUGAAAGAAAACAACAAUCUAUGGGUAAAAUUUGAAAUUUGUAUAUUUUCAUGUUUUUAAAAACAAAGUUUUGUA